ACAUUGUUACAGUACCUUUGACAGCCAUUGUUGGUAUGCGUAAAUACCUUACCAAAAAUACAUACUCAGUGUUUUUUGUCACACAUUUAAUCUCCUUAUCCAGCCAAAGACAAUAUUCACCCUAACUGCACACUUGUCAUAAUUCAAAAUUUUAACUAUGGGCUUUUCUAACUGAUAUAUCCCACCUUGCCUGCAAACAAUAUGAUACUUAAAUUUUUUUAAUGCAGAACAUGGCACAUAUAAGGCGAAAGAUCUUUUUAUCACGUUCAUGUUUAUCAACACACCCUCAAAGAAUUUACCACCCGCAGAAAAAUAUUCCAGUUAAACAGAUUCCAAAAUUGCUGGGGAUUAUCUCAGGAACUCUAAUUCUAGAGAAUAGAGGAAGAACAAAUUACAGCAACAACAGCAGAGUGCAAGAUUUAGCGGCAAUAAAUAAUAAUAAUACAAGGUACUUUUUUUCUUCCCUUCCUCCUCACCCACAAGGGCAUGAACCAGUUUUCUCAGGUUCCUCUAAUUUGCACUCAAAACCCUCUUCUUGGGUUUCUAGGGUUUUAGAAAUUUUACUAAAUCCUGAUUCUAAUUCUAUUUUGGAGACUUCUCUGGAAGAGUUGUGCGCCGAAAGUUCCCUCAGACUGUCGCCACAAUUCAUUACACAUGUACUUAGAACGCCCAAAGUUCAAAAAUCUCCCAAAAUUGCAUUUAGGUUUUUCAACUGGGCCGGAAAACAACAGGGCUUUGAUCAUGAAUUAGCCUCCUAUGUUGCUGUGAUCGAUUCCUUGGGAGCCGUGAAGGAUGUGGACAGUAUUCGUGCUGUUGCGCCUGCAUUGAAAGCUAAGAUAUUCGAGAACCAUGAAAAUGUGGAAGAUACCAAAAAUUCUGGAAACCUUGAAAACGGGGAAAACCCAAAAUCUAAAUUAGAGCUCUAUGCGUGCAAUAUUUUGAUGAAGAACUUUGGUAGGACGGGAAUGGUGGAGGAAGCAUGGGACAUUUGGCAUGCAAUGAAGGAAAAUGGGAUUAAGCCCGAGAUUUUUACUUACAACUGUUUAAUUGAUGCAUUGGUGAACGGGGAUUGUGUAGAGAGGGCUGAGAGAAUUUUGGAAAUGAUGAUCGAAGAAGGUAGAGUUGGGUGUAGGGUUGGACCAGAUGUUGUCACCUAUAAUAUGAUUAUCAAGGGGGUUUGUAAAGCUGGAAGACUUGAGGCAGCCAUGGACUAUUUGAGACAAAUGGAGGUUAAUCAGUGUUUUCCUGAUCAGAUCACAUAUUUAACCCUUAUGCAGGCCUUUCAUGCAGAGGGUAGGUUUGAGCAGACUUUGUCACUUUUCCAGGAGAUGCCUGACAGAAAGUUAGCAAUCCCUUCCCAUGCAUACAAUUUAGUGAUUUGUGGACUAUGUAAUGAAGGUAGGCCAUACGAGGGCAAUAAGCUUCUAGGUGAUAUGUUGAGGAAAGAGUGCAAGCCUAAUUUGGCAAUUUAUACGACCCUCAUUGAUUCUUUUUUUAAAGUGGGUGACAAGGAGAAUGCCCUGAAACUUUUGGAACAGGUGCAGGAAAGGGGAUACAAAUUGGACAAGUUUACAUGCAGCACGGUUGUUAAUGGACUUUGUAAAGUUGGUGAAGUGGAACAGGCUUGGGAUUUUUUGGAACGGUCUCAGGUGCUUGGUCUUGAUGUCAAUGCAUUUUCUUACAGUGCAAUCAUUGAUGGGCUAAGUAAGGCUGGUAAAAUAGGGGAAGCAGAAAAGGUUUUUAGGGCAAUGUCUGAGAGGGGAUGUGCUGGAGAUGUAUGCUGCUUCAAUGCAAUCAUUGAUGGGCUUUGCAAAGCUGCAGAAUUACAGAAGGCUAUGAGGAUUUUGUGUCGCAUGGAAAGGGAGGGCUGUGAACCAACAGUUUACACCUAUACCAUAUUGAUUGAUGGACAUUUCAAAGUACGCAAUUCAGAGGCAGCUUUGAAACUGUGGGAUGAGAUGAUUGACAGGGGUAUUUCGCCAACUGCAGUGUCAUUUAGGACCCUUUCGACUGGUCUUUGUCUCUCAGGUAACGUGACUAGAGCAUGUAGAAUAUUGGAUGAACUAGCAACAAUGGGUGUGGUUCCUGAUACAGCAUAUGCUGAUAUGAUAAAAGUCCUAUGCAAGGCUGGCCGUGUGAAACAAGCAUGCAAGUUAGCAGAUGGAAUUAUAGACAGGGGUCGUGAAGUUCCUGGAAAACUGCGCUGUGCAUUCAUCAAUGCUUUGCGAAAAGCUGGAAAGGCAGACCUGGCCUUCAAAAUGGUGCACAGCAGGAUUGGCAUUGGGUACAAUAGAUCAGGAAGAAUAAAAAGGCGAAUUAAGUUCCGAACACUUGUAGAACCUGACAGGUAGAUGUGUUGGUCAUAUUCUCUAGUAGCAAUCCAGAUGCUUGGUGCAAUGCAAAAUUUCGAAGACUCGUUUUGAACAAAGGUGCCCAGGCAUUUUGGCAAUUUAAUAAAAAUAGUCGACUUCAACUUUUGGCCCUCUUCUUGCGAUACUGAGAACAGCAAUACCCUCUUGGGAAGGUCAGACAAUAUUGUGCCAUAAGUUAGCCCUUACAUUUCAUCCCAAAAGAAGGCUAGUUUGCAUUGAGAGGCCAGUAUCAUCUAAUCGAGCAAGUACAUAGACAUAUGUGAAGUUACUUUGCAGGAAUUCAAUGCAUUCAAAUGCAAGCUGUAGUAAUUUAAAUAGUUAUUUGAUCUUUUCUUUUCUUUUGAAUCAGCAAAGCAGUUCAUGAUUCAAUUGCUGUAUUAGCUCACUCAUUGUAAGUUUACUCUGUUCUGGUUGGUAACUAUUUUAUGAUUGUUUAGUUUGCUUAUUGUGUCUCUUUUUAUGGGUUAUAGAGGCAAUAAACCUCUAGCCCAACUUUGUUGGAGAAUUGCUCAACGUCAACCUUUUUCAAAUGCAAUUUAUUCCUCAAAGAUGUUCCGGGAGGUCCUCUUGAGGUUACAGUGUGCCUUUAAAGGCAUGCUAUUCUUGUUGAGAUAUCCGGCUAUAUACCGUUGGUGACCAACAAUGCUUUAUGGUAUGAAGAUCUGGGAAUCAUCUCGUUGACAAAGAAUUAUCAUAUUUGAAGAUCAUCAAUGAUCAUGCUCCAGCACAUUUAAAGCUUUUUGGAUUGAUCAUUGGCAUGACAGCGAGUACAUACAGAAAGAGGGAACAAAAGGCAUAUAGGUGAAAUGAUCUCAAGUCAUUACAUCCUCUAGGAGCAAUAUGUCUUACAUGGAUAUUACUGUACUCCACAUCCAGUUUUUUGCUGAGAACUCUCUUUUGAUGGAAUUGUUCCACAUUUUCAAUUAGAUUUCUGAGAUAGCUUUAAUCCUGGAGCAGCAUGGUGAGUGAAGUUAAAGAAAUGGUUCUUUAAGAACAUUUGUAUUGUUUUUGCUAAAUGUAGAAGGGCAAGAUUUUAUUUUAGAAGAAUGGUGCUCAUUCAUGCAAGCCAGCUCAAAUGAGAUUGAAUGUUUAAUGCUGGUGGAUUAAUGGGUUCUGCAAAGUGCUGCACUUGUGAUUCAAGCAAGAAGGCAAGGUUGUGAACUGCUACAGAUUCAUAUAAGAAGGGAUGUGAGCAAUAGAAAAAAUUAAAUUUGAAGACUUGAAAGCAGCCUUAAAGUUA